AUGGCCAACCACGGAGUCGCCGCUCUCCUGAUCACGUCCCUGCUCGUGGCGGUCACUCUCGCCGAUGGCAGGAUUACCGUGCAGGUGCAACGCCACAGCGUUAGCCGAGGUACGUCAUGUCAACCGAUCAGCAUGCUCCAGUUGAUCUGCAUGUGUAGCAGCGGCCAAAUGUGCAUGCGUUUCGCAGGGUAUGCGGUGAAGGCGGUGCUGGCGCUGGCGUGCAACAAGGUGAACGCGGUGCAGACGGGCGACACCUGCUCCUCCAUCGCGGACGGCGCCGGUCUGGCCCAGGAGGAUUUCCUGGGCUUCAAUCCCAACAUCAACUGCGAAAAGAUCUUUCUUGUCCAGUGGGUCUGCCUCGACGCGUCUGCUGCUUAA